AUGUUGACCCAAUCCCUGGCCCUCUGCACUGUAUUCAUAUUCUUUUCCAUUUCCAUUCUUCUGUUCAUCGCCGUCUUCUACAUCUGUAAAUAUCAUUACGAACGCAUUCAACUCGAGCAAUGCGCCAUCCAAAUGAGACCCGAAGAAGUGGGGAAGAACGCGAUGAGAACUGCGGACAAAUGUGAGAAAGGAGAACUGGAGAUCGAGAUAGAGCUUCCAUGUAAGUGCCCUCUGGAAUGAUUUGUAAUCUUUGGUUGCUUUCCAGUUUACUCCAGCGCAAACGUGCCUCAAAUAAUGCUGCAACCGGAAGAGCUUCCGCCAGAAUAUCACGAACUCGAGUCGGCGCGCGCUUCUCCGCUUCCCUCUUACGACGACGUCAUGUACUGCGAUCAGCUGAACCGCUCGUUCCAGGACCUGCUCUCAGCCCCAUAA